AUGCCGCUGCCUCAACACCACACCAUCGUGGCGGCCAAGGCCCGCGGUACGCUCAUGAUCCGUCCUGAGGCCCCUGUGCCCGCACUGGAACCCGACACAGUCCUCGUCAGGACGGCGGCCGUGGCCAUCAACCCGCACGACGCCAAGACGCUCGAGUACAGCCCUAUACCGGGCGCCAUCGUGGGGAGUGACUUUUCCGGCACUGUAGUCGCCCUCGGGGCUGACGCGCUGGCCUCUGGCCGGUUUGCUAUUGGCGACCGCGUGGCCGGCACUGUGCUGGGCAUGAACAAGCUGCGGCCUGACAUUGGGGCGUUUGCCGAGUACGUCAGCGCUAUGGCCGACUUUUUGCUCAGGAUCCCCGACCACAUGAGUUUUGAGGAGGCGGCGACGCUGCCGCUGGGCACAGCCACAGCCAUGUUCGCACUGUUCAGCGAGCUGGGCCUGCCUGUGUCGCUAGACCAGCUGGGGCGCGAGGGGGCGGCUGCAGGGGCAGGGACAGCAGGCGUGGACCCCGGCGGCGACGAUGAGCGCGAGAUUGUUCUCGUGGCAGGGGGCAGCACCGCCACGGGCACGCGCGCCAUCCAGCUGCUGAAGCUGGCUGGCCUACGCCCCAUCACGACAUGCUCGCCCUCCAACCACGACCUCGCGAUCCGCUUCGGUGCCGAGAAGGUCUUUGACUACCACAGCCCCUCGUGCGCCGCCGACAUCCGUGAGUACACGGGAAACGAGCUGGCCUAUGCCCUCGACUGCGUAUCUCAAGCAGACACCACCCAGCUGUGCUACGCCGCCCUUGGACGUGCUGGCGGCCGCUACGUCGCCCUCGAACCAUUCCGCGAGACCAUUGCUCAGACCCGCUCCGGCACGGUCCAGCCGUCCUGGUUCAUGGGCCCCAGCCUACUCGGGGUCGAGGUCGACAUGCAUGGCGAGUAUGCACGAGAGGCUCGCCCUGAGAACCGCAUCUUCGGGGCCCGCUCCUUUCUAGCCAUGCAGGGGCUGCUGGAUCGCUGUCUGGUCGACACACACCCUGCCAGAGUCAUGCCUGGCGCGUGGGAGGGUGUUAUGCGGGGGGUGAGCACAAUGCUGACAGAGCCGCCGUCCGGCUGCAAACUGGUCUUUCCUGUCGCCUAG